GGUGACGGGAUGACUCCCCCGGGUCAGUCAAGUAGUCAACCAUUGCCGUCGAAAGAACUAGGUUUAUUCAAGAAGAUCAUUAAAUCCUAUGAACAUAAGAAAUAUCGCUUCGGAUUAAAAUAUGCCAAAACAAUACUCAGCAAUCCCAACUUUUCGGAACACGGAGAAACUCUUGCAAUGAAGGGUCUCAUUCUCAACUGCAUGGGAAAACAACAAGAAGCGCAAGAAUGCGUGAAAAGAGGGUUGAUGGCUGAUCUAAAAUCGUACGUUUGUUGGCAUGUCUACGGGCUUGUGCAGCGUUCUGAUAAGAAGUAUGAUGAGGCUAUCAAGGCCUAUAAGAGAGCCCUGCUACUCGACAAGGAUAACAUGCAAAUUCUGCGAGACUUAGCUUUACUCCAAAUACAGAUGAGAGAUUUUGAAGGGUAUAAGGAAUCGCGGUACCACUUGCUACGACUCCGUCCAACACAACGGGUAUCUUGGAUAGGAUAUGCAACUGCUUAUCAUCUUCUGAAAGAUUAUGAUAAGGCUCUGACGAUUUUAGCAGAAUUCCUUCAAAACAACAAACCCACAUCAUAUGACUUCGAACAUUCCGAACUAGUGCUUUAUCAAAAUAUGAUUCUCUGCGAAGCUGGCUUGCUGGAGGAGGCUCUGUCUAAGCUAGAGGAAAAUGCUACUGUUAUAGUCGAUAAAGUAACCUAUAUGGAAAGAAGAGGUGCAAUUCUGAUGGAUCUCGGGCGAAUGGAGGAGGCGGAAAAAGUCUAUCGUCAGCUCAUCGACCGAAAUCCGGAAAACAUUGGGUAUUACGAUAAACUGGAAAUAUGCCUUGGACUCGGAGAAGGAGCUCCUGUUUCUGAACGCGUUUCAAUGUACGACAGUUUUGCUGAGCGAUACAAACGAGCGGCAGCUCCACGACGUCAACCUUUGUACCUUCUGGAAGGUUUAGAAUUAAGUCGCCGUCUUGACGACUGGAUAGUCAAGGGGCUGAGGAAGGGCGUACCAAGUCUUUUCAAGAACCUAGUACCAUUGUACGACAGUCCAGCAAAGGUGGCUAUCAUCGAGCAGUUAUUACUGGAAUAUGUUAAAAAGGUCGAGAAUAAUGGUUACAGAGGAGGAUCAUUCCAUGCUAGAUCGUUUGUACAAGGUGACGAAGAAGAAAUGGAAUCUCCAACAUCUGCGCUGUGGCUAUACUUGUUGAUCGCUCAACAUUUCGAUCGUGUGGGAAAUAUUACGAUGGCUCUGAAGUACGCGGAAUGCGCUUUUGCCCAUACACCAACUCUGAUAGAAACUCUUAUGAUCAAGGCGAAGAUAUACAAGCAUGCCGGUGACUAUUCUGAGGCUGCUAGGCUCAUGGACGAAGCUCAAUCGUUAGACACUGCGGAUCGAUACAUUAACAGCAAAUGUGCUAAAUAUCUUCUUCGUGCAGGGCAAAGGGAACGUGCAGAGAAGAUAUGCGCGAAGUUUACCAGGGAAGGCGAUAGAGCGUCAACAACUUUGAAUGAGAUGCAGUGCAUGUGGUAUGAAUUGGAAUGUGCUCGUUGCUUUCUUUCAGAGGGACGAUAUGGUGAUGCACUGAAGAAGGCACAUCAGAUGGAGCAGCACUUUGUGGGAAUGAUCGAAGAUCAGUACGACUUCCAUACAUAUUGUUUGCGAAAGGUCACGUUGUGCUCGUAUAUACAGCUGCUACGUCUGGAAGAUGUCCUCCGUUCCCACGAUUUCUACUACCAAGCCGCCAAAAUUGCUGCAAGAAUUUAUCUGCGAAUGGUCGAUCGCCCUCAAGAUUUCUCGGGAGCCGGUCCGGUAGCCGAUGGUCUCACAGCUGCUGAGUUGAAGAAGUUAAAAAAGCAACAAAAAAAGCAACAAGAAAGGGAACAAGAACAGAAGAAAAACGUAGGAAAAAAGGAUGAAUACACUAAUCCGGCAAUGCAAUUCGAUGCCGAUGCAUUGGUAAAAACACAGAAGCCACUGGACGAAGCUGCUAAAUUUAUUCAACAUUUACAUAUGCUUGGAAGUAAACAUGUCACUGCAUACAAUAUUGGAUUCGAAGUAUAUCUCAGAAAGCAAAAGCCUUUGCUUAUGCUUAAAUGUCUGAAAAAAGCUGCUGAGUUGGACAGCAACGACCCAUAUCUCCAUGUGUGCCGUAUCAAAUUCUUGAAAUACGAGGAAACAGCGACGCUCAGUGGAGUUGUUGGCGAAUUAGUGAAAGAACUUUCUUCUCAGCUAUUUACUAUUACUGAUCCUGCUGUACUUAAUGAGAAUUUCAAGAAUGACAACGUGAAUAGCUUACGUCAUCGUUUAGCAGUGGCUGAGUGCAACAUCAUCCUUGAUCCGGGUACCGAGUCAACAACGAAAAAUUGGAUCAUGAAGUCGCUAGAAGACGAAAAACUUGUUGGACGAACAUUGAAAACAGUAGUUAGUCUCUACAACGGAAUCCAAUACGGAAGGUUCGGGUUGUGGAGCAAAGAGGAGUUGGAUACAUUCGUGCGACAAGCGCGUACGCUAUUUCCUCAUGCGCAAAUUUUCGGUGGAGGAUCAUCUCCCGUGAUGACCCCUGUGGAUAACGAGCAGCCGUGUGCCUCAUAA